GUGAGCGUGCUGCUGUUGACCUUUGAUACGCUUCAUUCAGCUUCAGACAAGGAAAGGUUAAGAGGUUGUUGUUUUGUUUUAUAACUUAAACAUGAGCGCGUACAGCAGAGAGGCCGUUAUUAUUUGGGGAAUUCUUAUUUUCUCAUCUACAGUAACAGGUCAAACGUGCAGAGGAAAGUGUGGCCGUGUGUUGGAGGCGUGCUCAUGCCGUGCAGCCUGUUUGUCUUUGCUGAACUGCUGCACAGACUACAGCCAGUCCUGUUUCCAGGCGUCGCCUCACUCCAGCUCCAUGCUGGGUGGGAGAGCUCUCCGGAUCCUCGGCUUGGAUCUCCCCUCCGAUGGGCUCCUUGUCUGCAGGUUCAAAGGUGAAGUUGAGCUAAAGGGGUUUGUUGAUGAAGGGGGCCGUGCGUACUGCACCACUCCUCUGAUGUUUGAGACCGGAUGGAUCCCGUUUGAUGUCUCAACAGAUGGAGCUCAUUUUGACAGAGCAGGAGAAUAUCUGUCAGUCCAUCCCGGCAGCGCAGACCCUCAUUUUGAAGUCACCCUGGUGAAUUCGACUCAGUGGGACAACUACGGUAGACCGAACGCAGCAGGGCGGCUUCACAUGACGUGGAUCAGAUCUUUCAUCCCGGCUGAAAAGGUCAACGUGGAGCUGUGGGGUUACAGAGAGGUCAGCAGGUCAGAGGCAGGGACGUCCGUUCUGCGGGCCGAGCUGAGCUUUCUUUACUCUCUGGGCAGGAACCUUAACAACUCGGGUGUCUUCAGCUUCACCCCUGAGCCCAAAGAAAACGUUUCAGAGUGGGAGCUGGGGAAUAUUCGCAUCACGGCUGGUUCGAGAUCAGAGGGAGAACGGAAUGUGCAGGGACUGUGGAGUAGAGGUCAUAUCUUGACGUGGCACCUGGAGGCGUUCAGAGACGACUCCUCAGCUUGGGCACGGAGCGGGUGUCUGCAGUGGGACGCUGCGGAGAAGAAGCGGACCGACUUCCUGGAUGAGCUCGUUGACUGUCCGUGCACACUGGCUCAGGCCCAAGCAGACACAGGAAGGUUUCGUACUGAUUCCACUUGUGACACUGAGAGUGGCAGCGCGUGCACUUUUCACCCUGACUGUGUGCACUUUGUCAGAGCAGUUCAGGCCAGUCCCAGCCAGGGAUCAGGGCAGCAGUGCUGCUACGACAGCUUCGGCUCUUUGGUUCUGACCGGAGACUCCGUCGGUGGCAGCACCCCAGGCAGGGCUCAUGACUGGGGGGCCCCUCCGUACAAGGAUCCCCCUCGGAUACCUGGCUAUUCCCACUGGCUUUACGAUGUCACAAGCUUCUUCCGCUGCUGCGUGUGGUCCGACCUUUGCCACGUUUACUUCAACCAUCGACCUUCGAGUGGAUGUCGCAAAUACCAGCCGCCAAGAGCAGGUGUUGUCUUCGGGAACCUGCAUUUUAUAACACUCGAUGGCCUCAGCUACACUUUCAACGGCAAAGGAGAGUAUUACCUGGUGUCUUCAGCGGACAAAGAGCUGAGUGUUCAGGCCAGAACCGAACAGGUGAAACUUGAGAACGGCACCUUCGUUAAAGCCGCUCAGCUGUCAUCGGUGGCGAUGAAGGCGAACUCCUCUGACGUCAUCGAGGUACGAGCUGCAGGCGAACACCUUCAGGUGCUGAGGAACCAAAAGGUUCUGCCUUUCACCGAGCAGAGGUGGAUGGAUCUGCACGGUGUAUUUGUGUUCGCCCCCAGUCGUCAGAACGUGACGGUAAUCUUUUCCUGUGGAGCUGCCGCGGAGCUUCGUCUGAAUGAAGGAGCCAUGACGGCGACGGUUCUGCUGCCGGCACAGUUUUCCAACCGAACUCAGGGUCUGCUCGGCUCCAUGAACUCUGAUCCUUCGGAUGACCUGAUGACCUCAUUUCAAAAGGUCAUAUCCUCAGCUAACGCCACGCCCGAGGAAAUCUUUACCUUCGGAGCUGGAUGGAGCAUUUCAAAGACGUCUUCCCUCUUUACGUACGACUCUCCGAACCUUCUGGACUCGUACUUCGUUCCACCGAGCCAUGACCCGGCUUUUGUUCCUGCCUUUUCUCUGCCUGAGAAACCCGACGACCCGCUGGUAGCAGACAUGAUGUCGGUGUGUUUGGGAGAAGGGGCUCAGUUCUGUAAACAUGAUACUCUUAUCAGUGGGAGCCUUGCGGUGGGGAACGCCACACUCAGGGCCCACCGGAGUCAUCGGGCUUUGAUGGAGGCCCUGGAGCCAGUGGUGUCAUGUGGCUGGAUCCCCUCACCCAGGAAUGGGAAGAAGAACGGGACACGUUACCUGCAGGGGGACACCCUGAGCUUCAGCUGCAGUGAGGGCUACACGCUGUACGGCUCACCUGAGCGCACCUGUGUGCAGGACGGCUCCUGGACAGGAGAGCAGACUCACUGUAUUACAGAUGAUUACGCGGCGUUUGUGCUUGGUGCCGUUGGUUCGAUCUCAGCACUGGUCACGAUGGGAGUCCUGAUUGAGCUUCACAACAGGAAAUUAAACAGAUUGAGAAAAACAGAGCCGCACGAGAUGCUGACUCAAGCACGGGCUCGCUAAAUCCUCAGACGUCUUGGAUUAUGAAGUAUGACAUCCGUCAACAAAUAUGUUUUGAGCUGAACAUUUUGAUAUUUGAAGUUACGUUGUUCAUUUGGAGGAAUUUCUCGCUUUGA